AUUUUUUCUGAGGAUGAGGAAUGUUUCAGUUUGAUAAAAAAUAUUGUAUUGAAAACUGUAUGUGCUUCAAUUCUAUGUUGUCCUACUUCUGUUUUAUUUUUGAUGAUUUACUGUGCUCUUAUAUUUUGUCAAAUCUAUUAGAGAAGGCCCGAAAUUAAGCUUUUAUCAAUUUUUCUAUUUAAAAUGAAGAUAGAUAAUUAAAAAUAAGUUAAUAUUUUUUAGACUUUUAAGUCAAUACUAAGAAAUAAGUAUAUACACCAAAAUGCUUAGUUGGCAUUAAAUAUAUAACAGAAAUGGAUUCGGAAGAAGAAGUGGAGAGUUUUGAAAUUACCGAUCAUGACCUACAAAGUGAACUAAAUCCUGGAAGAAGACAUAUGCAAACUAAAGCUGAAGCAAUUUAUGGAAUCUGGGCAACAUCAGACGAUGAGGAAGAGGAAGGUGGAGGAUACCAAAGAGGUACAAGAAAAAAGAUGGCAAACUAUACUCAGCCAUUGGGUUUUGUAACAGGUGGACUAUUUCAUGACAAAGACGGAGAGCAAACUGGGAGUGGAGAUUCAGGUGACGAAGUAAUCAACACAGAAGAUGCCAAGAAAUUUGUGUCAAGUCAAAAUAAGAAAAAUCAAACAUUGAAACAAGAUGCUUCCAAAAAAAAUUUUUUUGAUGGUGCCAGAUUUAAAAAGAACACAAAACAAUUUGGAGCAUGGGAAAAAUACACCACUGGUUUUGGAAGUAAAAUGUUGGAAAAGAUGGGAUACAAAGGAAAAGGUCUUGGAAAAACUGGUGAAGGUAUAGUUGAACCUGUUCAAGCAUUUAAGCGAGGAGGAAGAGCUGCAAUAGGUGCUUAUGGUACAGAAAAGCCAGCUGGAUCUGAUCCUGUAUAUGACACUGACGAAGAGGAAGAAAAAGAAAUUAAAAAAGAGAUAGAAAAGCUUCAUCAAUGGAAAAAAACAGGCCAGGAAGUAAAGAAACCAAAAUACGUAUACAAAACAGCAGAAGAAGUGAAGAAAAGUGGUUCAGCCAAGAAGCUUGCUCCACUACUUUCUCACAGCAAUGUUAAGAUAGUUGACAUGACUGGUCCUCAAACAAAAGUUCUUCAAGGUUAUGGUUCAUUAGGCCAUCAACAUGCAAAACCUGAUGAAGCAGAGAAACAUCCUGGUAUAAUAGAAGAUGAUAAGAAAGCCUUCGAUAUUCCUGAACUUGUUUACAAUUUAAAUUUACUUGUUGACCUAGCAGAAUCAGAGAUUAUCAAUAUAGAUCGCCAACAGCGAUUUGAAAAUGAUAAUGUUGUCAAUAUGACACACGAGUUGGUAAGACUUGAAAAAGUUUGCAUUGAAGAAGAAAAUGAAAUCAAUAAUUUGGAACAUGUGUGCAAAAUAAUAGAUCGCUGCAAAGCUGGUCUCCAACCGGACAAAGACGAAGCGUUGACACUGAAAGGAUUAAUACAGUGCUUUCAAACUUUACAAGAAAAUUAUUAUGAAGAGUACAAGCUUUAUGGAUUGGAGAAACUUGUAAUCCCGCUUGGAUUUCCCUUGCUCUCUCGACAUUUUUCAGCAUGGCAUCCAUUCAUUAAUCCAACAUAUGGAAUUGAUGUCGUGAAAUUGUGGAAGAAUGUAUUGGAAGAGGAUAAACAGAAUACAAACUUCAAUUCUGAAGAACAGAGAAGUAUGGGACCUUUCGAACGGCUGAUCUGGGAAGUUUGGAUGCCUCACUUGAGAACUGCAAUCAGCCAGUGGAUUCCGAAAGAAUCUGAGAAGUUGAUUGAAGUUAUGGAGGCCUGGGUACAACUUUUACCUGACUGGGUAACUGCGAAUAUUCUAGAUCAACUUAUUCUGCCGAAACUACAGGCUGCUGUAGAAGGUUGGAAUCCACUGACGGAUCCAACUCCUAUUCAUUCAUGGCUUCAUCCAUGGUUACCUCUCAUGCGUAACCGUCUUGAACCACUGUAUGGACCUAUUCGUCAGAAGCUAGCAGCUGCUUUAAACAACUGGUAUCCAUCUGAUCCUUCUGCAAAAGUUAUACUCGAACCAUGGUUAAAAGUCUUUACAAGAGGAAGUGUGGAAGCGUUCUUGUUAAGGAGCAUUUAUCCAAAGCUUGAGCAAUGUAUGAUCGAGUUUAAAAUCAAUCCUCAUCAACAGUUGUUAGAACCAUUUCACUGGGUUAUGGCGUGGAAAGAUAUCAUCAGUGUACACCAUAUGGUUAGCAUACUGGAUAAGCACUUUUUCCCGAAAUGGCUGCAGGUAUUAAGGUCCUGGCUUGGAAACUCUCCCAACUACGACGAGAUUACAAAGUGGUAUCUCGGCUGGAAGUCAAUGUUUUCAGAAGAAUUUGCAGACAAUCCAACUAUAAAAGAGCAUUUCAAUCGAGGUUUAACUCUAAUGAAUCAAGCAGUUAGUGGAACUCUCCAGCCUGGUGCUCGUGAGAAUGUAGCUUACUUGACGAGUACUGAAAGAAGGCGAGAGGCUGAGCAGGCAGCAAUGAAAGCAGAGAAGGCGCAAGUUUCUGCAUCAGUUACUGGUGGAGUGCCGACAAGAUUCAAAGAUUUGGUUGAACAAGCAGCUGAAGACAACGGCAUAUUGUUCAUUCCGCUUCCCAAUAGACGUCACGAAGGCAAGACUGUGUAUUCGUUCGGUAAAUGUGUCAUUUGUAUUGACAGAGACGUUGUGUUUUAUUCCUCUGAGGGAAAUUGGAAACCGUCGUCUCUUCAAGACCUGUUACGGAUGGCUAGAUGAUCAUAAAUUUACUGCUUGGCCGGAUUAUGAAUUUAGCAUAGAAGGGUGUGUUUCACUCUACUAUCUUGAUGUUGUGAUCGUAUGGCGCGCUAUGGUGCGUUAAGUCAAUACUUCGAAUGCUAUGGGUGCAUAAAUAUCGGGGGCUUCUUUAAUGUUGAACCAUGAACAAAAACAAUAUAAAAAUACAAUAAACAAUUAGUUUGCGUAGCUGUGAAAUAUAAGGGAGCGGAAUUUAGAUUGCUAUAAACCUUUUAAUUGUUCGUUUUGUGUAAAGAGUUGUUUUCAACCAUCUGCUACUAUUUAAUAGCUUAGUGCAGACACAAAAAAUGUAAAAUCUUUAUAAUAUUUUUGUGUGUAUUGACGGGUCCUUGCCGAUGUCAAAAGAAAAUUGUCAUCCACGGGUCAUUGGUGACGUCAUCAAAAUUCAAAUGAUGAAUCUUUGUUAUUUCUUUUAGUUUAGUUUAGUUGAUGUAUUGUUAGGUCUAGCUGAAAAAAGUGUCAUAGAACUUCUCGCGUGAA